CGGAAGAGUGCCUGGGCCUCUGAGAGUGAAUCAGAGGGUGGGGCUAAGAAAAGGGAGGUGCUAGAAUGUUUAAAGAAGAUUUCUACAGUUACAAGUUACUUAAUUCAGCCGCCAUCUCUAACAGAAGGAGCCACUUGCCAGUUCUGCUCCAGCAGAAGAAAACAAGGUUUUCCCAAUGGACUCUGUAGCAAAAUCAAUCAACCAAUUUGCCCUGAAUUUUAGCAAAAAACUAGCUGAAUCUGCUGAGGGCAAAAAUAUUUUCUUUUCUCCCUGGGGCAUCUCAACCUCCUUGGCCAUGGUGUAUUUCGGCACCCACGGUACCACUGCUGCCCAGAUAGCCCAGGUGCUUCAGUUCGGAGACCAGGACAUCAAAUCUUGUCCUGAAAGUGAAAAGAAAAGGAAGAUGGAAUCCGGUUUGGGCAGGGCUGAAGAAAUACUCUCUCACUUCCAGACACUCAUCUCAGAAAUCAACAAUCCCAGCAAUGCUGCCACACUUAAAACAGCGAACAGGAUCUAUGCAGAGAAAAUGUACCCAUUUCACACUAAAUAUUUAGAAGACAUGAAAACAUACUUUGGGGCAGAACCACAGUCUGUUAACUUUUUUGGAGAUCCUGGACAAAUCCGAAAGGAGAUCAACUCUUGGGUUGAAAGCCAGACUGAGGGAAAAAUCGUGAAUCUGCUACCUGAUGAUGCUGUGAAUACUACAACCAGAAUGGUUCUGGUGAACGCCCUUUACUUUAAAGGAAUAUGGGAAUAUCAAUUUUUAGUCCAAAAUACCACAGAAAGGCCUUUCAGAAUAAACAAGAGUAUAAGCAAACCGGUGCAGAUGAUGUCCAUGAAAACAAAACUCAAGGUUUUUCACAUUCCAAAGCCACAGGCCAUGGGCCUCCAACUCGACUAUAACAGCCGUGACCUUAGCCUGCUCGUCCUGCUGCCAGAAGAAAUCGAAGGACUGGAUCAGCUGGAAAAGGCCUUGACCUAUGAGGAGCUGAGCGAGUGGACCAGCGCAGACAUGAUGGAGUUGUAUGAAGUGCAGCUGUAUCUCCCCAAGUUUAGGCUUGAAGAGACGCAUGAUCUCAAGUCGACCCUGAGCAGCAUGGGAAUGAGCGACGCCUUCAACCAGGCCGCCGCGGAUUUCUCAGGAAUGUCUAUGGGCAGAGACUUAUACCUGUUCAAUGUUUUCCACAAGGCUUUUGUAGAGAUAAAUGAACAAGGCACCGAGGCUUCCGCUGGGACCGGGAGUGAGGUGCGUCAUCGAAUUAAACUCCCCUCCAUUGAAUUUAACGCAAACCACCCGUUUCUCUUCUUCAUCAGGCACAACCGAACCGGUAGCAUUCUCUUCUACGGGAGAUUCUGCUCCCCCUAAGCCAUUAUCUCGCUCAUCAAAUGAGACCACUUUACAGUGUGAAAAGCGCACCGAAAGAUGGAAGAACACAAUUAUAACAAAACCCAGCUUAGAAAUAAUGCAUUUUAGUGAAUUUACCAUACCUAUAGAGCUAUUCUUACCACUUCACAUUUUGUCUUCGUGUGACUUUUAUUUACAUUUCAGAAGUACUAGGUUAUUCAAUUGAGUGCCUUACCAUUUUUGAACUCUCUGGUCACUGUAUUUUCGUUGUCACGGAUAUUUUGCAGGCCUCGUUGAGUGAAGAAAAAUCUUUACAAAGGUGAUAUAUGGAUAAGCAGGAAUUUUCUCAGGAGUGUAAUUCUGAUAGUUCACAAACUACCACUGUAAAAUGAAGCUUCGACACCUUCUGUGGAGUAUUAAAAAAUAUACUUAUGUUAACAUUAAUAGGAAAGCCAUGAAAUCCUAACAAAAUACGAAGUUUAGUUACUACCAAUGCUCCAGUGUUUCCUUUAUAGUUUGAAUAAAUGUAUAAUGAUAAUGUUAGAUGAUCGCAACGGGAAAAUGUGUUAGGAGGAUACAAAAUUCCCUGCGUUAUCUUUGCCACUUUUCUGUGAACGUAAAAGUAUUCAAAAAUAAACAUUUCAUUAAGAAUAA